UGUUAAAGAAAAUGUUUAUAAUGAACAGUCUUUCAGACUAGCUAUAAUUAGGAGUGAAGUAAUUUACAUUGUGGAAAUCAAUGUAUAUGUUUAAACAUUUUAUUCAUAUAAAUUAGAUACUGAAAGGCGGAAACAUUGACAUUUACAAAAAUCAUAUCACAUAUUAUGCAUUAACUUGGACAUCAAAGGAAAAUCACUUUUACAAAGUUAACCAACAAAGCAUGUGUGAGGGACAGGAAGGCUUCACGAGGGAUGGAAUUACCUAUAUGUGUUGUUAUAACCAUUACUUCAACGGAUCAACAUGCGUUGAUUGUCUCGCUGGAUUUUAUGGAAAUGAUUGUUCAAGGAUUUGUGACAAGGGUUUAUAUGGAGAACGAUGCAGCAAGGAAUGCGAAUGCGAUACAGAACUAUGCCAUCAUAUAACUGGAUGCCUUAGUGGAUUCAGCGGAAGUUCAGAGAUUCCACAAAGAAGAUAUAAAAUGCCUAGCGUUAAUCAUGUCCAAGCUUUCUCUAACUCACCUGUACUUCCUCUGACCUCAACAUCACCCACUGCAGAUAUUCAGAUUCCACAACAAACCAACAUGUAUAUUUUAGCGAUUGGUAGUGUAAUUGCACUGUUCCUUGGUAUCAUUGCAGUACAAUUUUGUAUUAAACUUGGUAUAAAACGAAAAAAGUAUACACAACAGAUGUCUGUCCACCGGAAACCAGUCAAGGAGGAAGAAACUUAUCAUGGAAUUAACGAGUCUUUAAUGGACACAGAAGGAUACGAUAGCCGCAAUGAACAAGGACAUGUUGGCAAAUAUGAUGAGUUACAAACAUCAUAUCAAGCCACUGGCGUACCAUAUGAUAAGAUCAAGACCCAAGCACAUUAUCAAGACAUACGUGAUUCUCUAAUAGACUCGUCUUGCAAUUCUGAUUCAAUCAACAGCAAUAAAUCAUAUUUAAAGCCAAAGACCAACGAAAAAUUUAGUUACAUAAAUGUUACGGAACCCAGUACAGCAAAAAGUGGAAUGAUAAGUCAAAACAGUCCCGUCAGCUCGACAAAUUAUAGAAGCAAUGUGUCAUCUCAAUACCUUGACCCUAUCCAAAAUUUACAUAAUGUUGAAAUUGUAUUGCAGAGCAAUGAAAUUGGUGUCAAUAAUGAUGCAUAUCUUGAUGUAACGCACGAUACAUUUGUUUAGUACAUUUGUGUUUCACAUUAUGUAGUUCAGUUAUUAUAUUAAAA